AUGUCAUGCAUCAAUAUCUUAACCGAUAUUUUUAUGCUUGCUCUACCAUUGCCGGUCGUAUGGGGCCUCCGGAUCAACAAAACCCAGAAAUGGCUAGUGAGCCUAUCCUUCAUUAUGGGCGGAUCCGCGUGUAUUGUCUGCCUAGUACGAUUGCUCUUCGUCCUUAGAGUUGCUUCCACACCGGAUCCGACAUGGUUAAAAGGGGACAGCAUUCCUUCUGGUAUAACUUCUACCUUCGAGCUCUCUGUUGGUAUUUUUGCGGCAUCCUUCCCGACCUAUCGGCCAUUAUAUAGGUGGCUUUCCAAGGGAACCUUAGAAGAUACAACUGCACACAGCAAUAGCUUUGGAAGCGGACGGCAGUGGAACGGACGGUCACAGGCCCAACGUCCCGACCCACACCGGAUUAUCAAGCUGACUACCAUAAGGAGUGAGGUGGACCCACGGGACACGAAUGAGGAGAGGUUGUACGUUGUUGGAUCUAAUGUGUCCACGAACCGAGACGGUACUCCUUAG